CGGAGCGGCCGGCGCUCGGCAGCCGCCGCCGGGCAUGUCACCGCCCGGCCCCGGGCCCGGGGAGGCGGCGCGGCGGGACCCGCUGGCCGCCGACCUGCGGUGCAGCCUGUUCGCCGCCGCGCUGCAGAGCUACAAGCGAGACUCGGCGCUGAGGCCCUUCCCGGGCCGCUACGCCAGCGGCGACACCAAGGACUUCGAGGGGCUGCGUGCAGAUAUCGAUGCUCUACCAAGCCUGAAAGAACUUCUGGAGUCUGUUCCAAACACAGAAAAAAGGACCUGGGAUCUGUUCAGUUGGAUUCUAUCAUCUAAAGUGUUCACGAUACAAAGUACUAAGAAACACGAGUACGAGAAGAUCCAGGAGCUUACAGGGAUGUCUGGGACUGCAGCUCCUGCUCCAGACUAUCUCUUUGAAGUUGUAUAUUGUGAUCAAAUGAAUACCAAGUUUGCUGAGACCAAGGGAGAGCGGGACCUUAUCUAUGCCUUCCAUGGGAGCCGCCUGGAGAACUUCCAUUCCAUCCUGCACAACGGCCUGCACUGCCAUCUGAACAGGACGUCCCUGUUUGGUGAAGGCACCUAUCUGACCAGUGACCUGAGCCUGGCUCUGCUCUACAGCCCUCACGGUCUCGGCUGGCAGCGAAGCGCACUGGGCUCUGUCCUCAGCUGUGUGGCUGUUUGUGAGAUCAUUGACCACCCAGAUGUGAAGUGCCAGGUGAAGAAGAAAGAUUCAGAAGAAAUAGACAGAAAAAGAGCAAGAGUGAAGAACAGCGAAGGGGGGGAUGUACCACAGAAAUACUUCGUUGUCACAAACAACCAGCUUUUACGAGUUAAAUACUUGCUAGUGUAUUCACAGAAACAGCAUAGGAGGUAAGAGUUCAGCUGUCUAGAGUGAUGAGUGUG